UCAACCCGGACACAACAUACACUCCACACAAUCAUUACAGGUGACAACACAGCGCACACAACAGUCACACAACAUAGAUUCAACAUACACUCCACACACUCAUUACAGGUGACAACACAGCGCACACAACAGUCACACAACAUAGAUUCAACAUACAUUCCACACACUCAUUACAGGUCGUGCGGAGCCACCUGUGGGGGUUGGAGACCCCUGUGCGGGCUGCAAUAAGCCCAUUUUAGAUAAAUUCCUCCUUAAUGUCCUGGAACGUGGGUGGCAUGCAUCCUGCGUGAGGUGCUGUGAAUGCCUUCAACCUCUCACGGAUAAAUGUUUCAGUCGUGAAGCAAAGCUCUACUGCAGAAAUGAUUUUUUCCGACGAUACGGCACAAAAUGUAGUGGCUGCGGUCAGGGCAUUGCCCCAUCGGAUCUUGUAAGGCGGCAGCGGGAUAAAGUGUUUCAUCUCAAUUGUUUUACGUGCUGUGUGUGCAGGAAGCAACUGAGCACGGGGGAGCAUCUUUAUGUGUUGGAUGACAAUCGGUUUAUGUGCAAGGAUGACUACACGCAGAUGAAAGCAGCCGGUCCACCGUCAUCGCUCACGGAUUCAUUAAUGGGUUCCGGUUCGGAGGAUGAAGAUGAUGAGGAUACGCAUUUACGAGGACCCCCCAUGGGAUUGGGACCCCUAGGACCAAAUGGUCCCGAUUCAGCCGGACCAUUGGGUACGUCGGAUCUCUCAGUACAAAGUAUCAGUACAGACAGCAAAACUGGUCAUGAUGAUUCAGAUCAGGGCUCUCUGGAUGGUGAUCCUGAUGGUCGAGGGGAUUCACAGGCAGAAAAUAAAAGUCCCGACGAUGGUGGAAGCGGUUCAAAGCGUCGUGGUCCCCGGACGACAAUUAAGGCAAAGCAGUUAGAAAUUUUAAAGACGGCAUUUAGUCAAACACCAAAACCCACGAGGCACAUCCGUGAACAACUCGCCAAGGAGACCGGAUUACCCAUGAGAGUGAUUCAGGUCUGGUUCCAGAAUAAGCGUUCCAAGGAGCGACGCUUGAAGCAACUCACGAGUAUGGGUCGUGGUCCCUUCUUUGGGGGUGCGCGCAAAAUGCGUGGUUUUCCCAUGAACUUAUCACCCGGAGGUCUCGAUGAUGUCCCACCGAACUUUCCCUACUUUGCUAGUGAUGGGAAAUUUGAAUUUGGCUACGGCGGACCUCCAUUCCAUCCACACGAUGGUCCCUUCUUCCCUGGGCAUCCUGGACCCGGACCCAUGCCAUUCAAUGCACCAGGCGGACCAAUGGAUCACGCUGGUCCCAUCCCGAUGGUGUCGGAAUUCGGAGGUAUGACCCCCGAUUCGGGCUUCAUGAGCCAACCAACGGGACCGCCGGGUGGCAAUGGUGGCGCCGGCGGGCCCGGUGGUGGUCCUGGUGGCGGUGCUGGUGGUGCUGGUGAAAUGCUUGGCGGCCCACGUGGUGGUUCCCCUGAAUUCCUGAGUGCUGGGAACUUUUCCGAGCCGCAGAAUAUGCAGAAUGAGCAGUUGGUGUGGUAAAAUGAGGCGUCACGCCGCCUCCUGAUCUCCAUGAUCGCCUGGACGUCACCGUGGAUGCGGACGUGGCGUGAUUAACUCAUUUUUUUCCUUUGGAGAUGAUCUUCUUUCCAAUUAAGGUGGUUUGAUGAUAUUGCGCUCCUCACUCCCACCAUAUGAGCAAGUGAGUGAUUUUUUUUCUUGUGAAUCAAAACACGAGAUUUAUCAACAACAAAAAUUGUAAGAAAGUGAUGUGUGUGCGUGGAGGUGCUCUACAUUUAAUAAAAAUUAAGACAUCCGGUGUAAAAGACUUGACUACAUAAAAAGUUCCCGGAAAAGGGAUAUAGUGUGGAGAAAAACCUUCAGAGAAAAAAGGCAUUUAAACAAAAGAAAUCCUAGAAAUGAGAGAUUUUUCCUCGUGGUUGUAUUAUUUACAAUUUUUUCUUUACAAAAAAUUCUUUGUAUGAUAAAAUUGCUAAGAAAAAAAUGAGCAAAAAGUGGUGUAGUUUAACAGAAUUAGAUGUAAAAAAAAAAGCAAAGAAGUAAUAAUUGUGUAAAUAGUGUGUAAGAGACUCUCUAAAAGUAGUUUAAAAAAAAAGAAAGAGAAGUCUUGUAGAAGAAGCAGGUUGAAGAGUUUAAAAUCUACCUUAAUCUAGCUCAAGAGACCUGUCUGAAUGUCUAAGGAAACAUUCUCAAGACAAUGGAUAAUGUAUAAAGUUUAUUUAAAAGGAAAAUUGUGCGAAAAUUUUUUGAGGAAAAAUCCACCAAAAAAUGCUUCAACAGGUCGCUAUUAAUGGCCCUCACGCACCCCCAUAAAACAUUGUGCAGUGACUAACAUGGAGUGUGUGCGUGCGUGCGUGUGGAGCUAGUUGGGAAGCUUAGAGGCAAACGUGUGAGAUUCAACUGAAAGAGGUGAAUCUUGCAAAAUUUUUCUGAUCAUAAUAUCACCCGAAAAGAAAUCCUGCGAGAAAGGGGAAAAAUAGAAUUUAAGAAUGAAGAAAAAUCAUUUAAACUUAACUGCAUUUUCUCCCUGUUCUAAUCUAAAUGAAAGAAAAAAAACUCAAGAAAAAUGUAUUAAAAUUCAUAUAGAAUCACAUGAAAAUAACACACAAAUCUGAUUAAAAAAAAACAAUUGAUGGAAAAAUUAUUUAAAAAAACAUAAGUCUAAGAGACACACCCUAAAAAACAUUUGCGAUGAAAUGCAUGAGAGGACACGAGGAAAUAAAAAUGAAAAUUGAGUAAAAA